AUGAGCGAAGAAUACAUGGAGCAGGUGCAAAGUGCAGAAGGUAGUGGCUUAAUAGUAAGUGAUGAAAAGGUUAAUGAUCUACCUUUUGUAGAGUUAUUUCUGGGAGAAAUCGGCUGUGCCAAAUACCUGGAUAAAUUUGUCCAAUGUAAUCUUGUUACAGAGGAAGAAAUCAAAUACCUAGACAAGGAUAUCCUCACUGCUUUGGGAAUAAACAAAAUAGGAGACAGACUUAGAAUAAUGAGGAAGGCUAAAUCGUUUCAAAGAGGCAAACGCAUUGAGCAAGUAAACGAAUUAAAAAACUUGAUGGAGAAAGUAAGCUCUCUAUCCACUGCCACAUUGUCUAUGAAUUCAGACUUAGUCCCUGAAAAGCAUUGCGUGAUAUUUAUUUUAAACGAUGGUUCUGCUAAAAAGGUUAAUGUGAAUGGCUGUUUUAACGCAGACUCUAUUAAGAAGAGGUUGAUCAGGAGAUUACCCCACGAAUUAUUAGCGACAAAUUCUGAUGGGCAAGUAACUAAAAUGGUUCAGGAUUAUGAUGUAUUUGUCUUAGACUACGUCAAGAACGUGUUACAUUUGCUGUAUGAUGUGGAAUUAGUCACUAUAUGUCAUGCAAACGAUCGAGUUGAGAAAAAUAGAAUAAUUUUUGUUUCUAAGGACCAGACUCCGAGCGAUAAAGCAAUAUCAACUUCCAAGAAACUGUAUUUGAGAACAUUGAGUGCAUUGAGCCAGGUAGGAUCAUCUUCAUCAAACUUGCUACUACAGGACAAGGGUGUUUCGAAUAACUCUCCUGAAGGGAAACUCCUGAUUGACAAUGUCGAAAAGGAUAGAAUAAGGCAAAUAUUCAAUCAAAGACCCCCCAGUGAGUUUAUCUCGACCAAUUUGGCAGGAUAUUUCCCUCAUACAGAUAUGAAACGCUUGCAAAAGACCAUGAGGGAGUCAUUUCGUCAUUCAGCAAGAUUAAGCAUCAAUAAAAGUAGAAAUCUAAGUGCAGAGUCAAACAACAUCGGGGACAUUCUGUUGAAGCACUCAAAUGCCGUUGAUAUGGCAUUAUUACAGGGAUUAGACCAAACAAGAUUAAAUAGUAAGCUUGACAAAACCAAGAUUUCUAAACUUACAAAUAAAAAAGCAGGCACUAAAGAUACUAUAUCUAAUCAGCUAGAACUAUUAAGCGUUGGAUCUGGUGGAGAGGAAGAUUAUGACUUUCUCGGAGAGGACAGUGAAGUUGUCUCACUACCAACAAAAAUUGCUACACCCAAAAACUGGUUGAAGGGUGCUUGCAUCGGAUCAGGCAGUUUUGGGAGUGUUUACUUGGGUAUGAAUGCUCAUACUGGUGAACUAAUGGCAGUAAAACAAGUGGAGAUCAAAAAUGGCAAUAUCGGAGCAUCCACCUGCAACAAUAACAACAUCAAUAAGCAGACUAAGAUGGAUGAGAAUAAUGAUCAGAAGGAGCAACUGCUACUACGCUCACAAAACCAACAAAAAGAGAAAUCAGAGGAUGUCGGAGCCGUAAAUCAUCCAAAAACCAAUCAAAAUAUUCAUAAAAAAAUGGUAGAUGCCUUACAACAUGAAAUGAAUUUAUUGAAGGAGCUACAUCAUGAAAACAUAGUUACUUAUUAUGGUGCCUCUCAAGAAGGCGGAAAUUUGAAUAUAUUCCUUGAAUACGUUCCAGGGGGUUCAGUUUCGUCUAUGUUAAACAAUUACGGUCCAUUUGAAGAAUCACUGAUUACUAACUUUACCAGACAAAUACUCAUAGGGGUUGCAUAUUUACAUAAGAAAAACAUUAUUCACCGAGAUAUCAAGGGUGCAAACAUUUUGAUCGAUAUUAAAGGUUGCGUAAAGAUAACUGAUUUUGGUAUUUCAAAAAAACUAUCACCUCUGAAUAAGAAACAAAAUAAAAGAGCUUCUUUGCAAGGCUCUGUGUUUUGGAUGUCACCAGAAGUUGUUAAACAAACCGCUACUACUGCUAAAGCAGACAUAUGGUCUACCGCAUGCGUUGUUGUUGAAAUGUUCACUGGUAAGCAUCCAUUCCCAGAUUUUUCUCAAAUGCAAGCAAUUUUCAAAAUAGGUACCAACACGACUCCUGAAAUACCUUCCUGGGCUACGUCGGAAGGAAAGAAUUUUCUGAGAAAGGCAUUUGAACUGGAUUAUGAGUACAGACCUACUGCUCUUGAGCUGCUGCAGCAUCCGUGGUUGGAUGCACAUAUCCUUUAA